CAGUGUAAAUGUCCCCUGACACACAGUGCAGGAUCUAACCUGUCCGAUGGGGUCAGAAGGUGGGAUAUCAGCAGGGCAGUGUUCAAAGGGUCAGCAGGGCAAAUAAUAGGGUUGGCAUUAUGUAGGGCAGUGAACAGAAGACAACAGAGCAAAGGACAGGGGUCACUGCUGGCAGGGCAGAGGACAGGGGUCACUGCUGGCAGGGCAGAGGACAAGGGUCAAUGCUGGCAGGGCAGAGGACAGGGGUCACUGCUGGCAGGGCAGAGGACAGGGGUCACUGCUGCCAGGGCACUCAGCAAAGCUCCUUCUCCUUGUCCCUUCCCUGCACUUCAGACAGCCUGGUCACAGGCAGCAGAGCUCCUUCUCCAGGAAAGGACAGGGGAGUGGUACAGGCAACCUUCCCCACUCCACUGGGCCACCUGCUGAGCAGAUCAUCAGUUUAGCAGGUCAGUACAUUUACAAAGCUGCAAGAAAAGGGCAGUUGUCUACAGUAUGGUUCAGCAGGCAGGCAGGCAGAGUGUUUGGGGUGGAGGGCUGGCGGUUGACUUUGG